AUGAAUGUUUUCUAUAGGUUAGCCAUUAAUGAUAAUAUGAAUAUGAGUAUAUUGAUCGCUUACAGAUCAAUCUUUGGUGCUGCUUUUAUCAUCCCUAUUGCUCUGAUCAAGGAGAAAAAUGUCAGACCGAAAUUGACAUGGACCAUCCUCUUCCAAGCGUUUUUCUGUGGGUUAUUGGGGUUAACUAUACCUCAGAACCUUUACACAGCAAGUAUGAAUUUGACAUCUGCAACAAUUCCUGCUGCCAUGGCAAAUCUCAGUCCAGCAAUGACGUUCAUCUUGGCUAUUAUUUUUCGGCUUGAGGCGUUGAAACUUGGAACAAUGGAAGGGAAACUGAAGGUUUUGGGUACAACGAUAGGAAUAGGGGGUGCAAUGCUUGUUACUUUCUAUAAAGGAGUUGACGUUCCUAUGUGGCAAACCCAUUUCUUACAUGUUGGCCAUCAUCAAGGACCUGCGACGGAUAGACCAGUAUUAGGAUCAUUACUGGCUAUCCUGAGUUAUAUGGCUUAUUCCUCCUGGUUGAUUAUUCAGGGAAUUGUGCAUUCAGGCAUGACGACUACAUUGAUCGCUUGGUGUGUGAACGUGCGAGGGCCGUUAUUUGUGUCAAUCUUCAACCCUGUAGGGCUUGUUCUCGUAGCUUUUGCUGCUACUAUCUUGUUGAACGAGAAAUUACACCUUGGAACUGUGAUUGGUAGUGUUUUGAUAGCGAUUGGAUUAUACUUUGUACUGUGGGGGAAAUCUAAAGAGAUGAAGAAAAUGAUGAAAUGCUCUUCGGAAUCAGAAGCAAUGAAAGUCGUAGUCUCUGCUCAUCCUUGA